AUGAUGCACAAGGGAAGGCCCACAAGUCAGCUAGCUAUUGUGAAACCCACAGUGGAAAAUGUUAUUUCAUACAAUCAGUACAGAAGGACUCAGCCGAUGGUAAAUGGAGUGCCGAUGAUGAAUGUUCCCAGUAGUGAUGCCAUCGUAUUGUUUGGAGGAGGUCGACACAUUUUACUCGGAUUGCUACAAUUUGGGAAAGAUGAUAAAAAGGUAGAAGAUGUCGAACUGUUCAUAUUGAGCACAGGAAUACUACUUUGGUUUAAUCAAUUGGGGAAUGGUCUAGAAAUACCAUUUGAAAGCGUGGUAUGCCAUGGAUCCAUUAAAGUAUCUGAUACUGCACCCGAGGGACACCGAUUAGAAUUACUCCUAACGUUGGAGAAGGAUAAAGUUUUAAAUCAGUUUUUCACUGGUGAAAGCCAGCCAUCAGAACCACAAGAGACUAUGACACCGGAUGGAUUAUCGCCCACAUUAUCGAGUGUUGAAUUAACUUUGAGGCCCAAAUACAGCAUGUAUGAUAGACAUUACAACCCUGACAUUGAAAAUUUAUUUACAUUUGAAAAUUUCGGUGUAAAUCGUGGCGAUGAUAUGGUUGAUAAGUGUAACGAAGCACUGGCCCUUUGUUUGGAAAUGUAUAAAGAUCCAAAUUACGAUGCUAAUGAAGAUGAAGGAGAUGAAAUAGAACAAGAUGAGGACGAUGCUGUCGGUGAUGAAAAUCAUGCAGAAGCCAUGUUUACGAGUAUUAAUGACACUUGGAAUAGAUAUGCAAAUUCAGGUCUUGCUGACGAUUUAGAAUGCUGA